AUGACAUCAGUUGGUGUGCCCAUCAAAAUUCUGCACGAAGCCGAAGGACAUGUCGUGACUCUUGAAACUGUUACAGGGGUGCUGGAAUGGCUCGGGGCGCUGUUCGUGGUGCUGUUCGUGGAGGUCCGGCAGGUUUCCGAGGGUAGCGGGUCAUCUACCGCUGGAUGUCAUUUGGGCUUAUUUCCGUCCGUUGAUUUGUCGAUUACGUCGUUGUAUGAGUUGAGUUGUUUGUCGGCGAUCUCUGAGCUGUCGUUAUUGUAA